CAGUGACGUCACUUCCUUCUACCCCUGCCUUUUGCCACCGGCGUCCCCGUCUAUCUUUCUUUUUGCACAUCAUGGCGGACCGCUUCAACAAGGUUCUGAUACUGGAUGGCAGAGGCCAUCUGCUCGGUCGGCUGGCUGCCAUUGUGGCUAAGCAGAUCUUGCUCGGACAGAAAAUUGUGGUGGUCCGGUGUGAAGGCAUCAACAUCUCCGGCAACUUCUACCGUAAUAAACUGAAGUACCUGGCUUUCCUGCGCAAGCGGAUGAACACCAAUCCCUCUCGAGGACCGUACCACUUCAGGGCUCCCAGCAGGAUGUUCUGGAGAACUGUCAGAGGCAUGCUGCCCCAUAAAACCAAGAGAGGCCAGGCUGCCCUGGAUAGGAUGAAGGUGUUUGAUGGCAUCCCCCCACCCUACAACAAGAGGAAGCGUAUGGUGGUCCCAGCAGCGCUUAAAAUCGUGCGCCUGAAGCCCACUCGUAAGUUUGCCCUCCUGGGACGUUUGGCCCAUGAGGUGGGCUGGAAAUACCAGGCCAUCACUGCCACCUUGGAGGAGAAGCGAAAAGUGAAGGCGGCGAUGCACUAUAAAAACAAAAAGGACACGAUAAAGUUGACCAAACAAGCAGAGAAGAAUGUCGAGAGCAAGAUCGGUCAAUAUACAGAUCUUCUGAAACAAUUCGGAGUUCUUGUGUAAGCGUGUCCUAAUAAACGCAAGUGAAUCUUCAUAAA